GGCGGGCGGCGCAGCCUCGGCGACGCGGUGUCAACGCUGGGCUCAGGAGCCUCCAGCGGAGAUCUCUGCCCGGCGCCCGCAGCCGGAGCGAAGCCGCGGGGCUCCAGCGCUGCAGCCGCUACUCGGGGACUGUGCAUUGUUGUGAUCCGAAGAAGGGGCUCGGGGAUUACAAAGCCCGAAGACCCCGGAGCCCCCUUUAGCCAUGUGGAUACCUACGGAGCACGAGAAAUACGGCGUGGUUAUCGCCAGUUUCCGAGGAACCGUCCCAUAUGGCCUGUCAUUGGAAAUUGGAGAUACAGUUCAGAUCCUGGAGAAAUGUGAUGGCUGGUACAGAGGAUUUGCCUUAAAAAACCCAAAUAUCAAGGGUAUAUUUCCUUCCAGCUACAUUCACUUGAAAAAUGCCUGUGUAAAGAACAAAGGACAAUUUGAAAUGAUUAUUCCCACUGAAGACUCCGUUAUCACAGAAAUGACAUCAACACUAAGAGACUGGGGAGCUAUGUGGAAACAACUCUAUGUGAGAAAUGAAGGUGAUCUCUUCCACCGGCUGUGGCACAUCAUGAAUGAAAUCCUGGACCUGCGGCGGCAAGUGCUGGUGGGCCACCUCACCCACGACAGGAUGAAGGACGUGAAGCGCCACAUCACUGCCCGCCUCGACUGGGGCAAUGAACAACUAGGACUGGACCUGGUGCCUCGGAAGGAGUAUGCAAUGGUGGAUCCCGAGGACAUCAGCAUUACUGAGCUCUACCGAUUGAUGGAACAUAGACAUCGGAAGAAAGACACCCCUGUGCAAGCCAGCAGUCACCACCUCUUUGUCCAGAUGAAGAGCCUCAUGUGUUCCAACCUGGGAGAGGAGCUGGAGGUCAUCUUCUCACUCUUUGACAGUAAAGAAAACCGACCAAUCAGCGAGAGAUUCUUCUUGAGGCUGAAUAGAAACGGUCUUCCCAAAGCCCCAGAUAAACCAGAACGGCAUUGCUCUCUUUUUGUGGAUUUGGGGAGCAGCGAGCUAAGAAAGGACAUCUAUAUCACCGUGCACAUUAUCCGAAUUGGUCGAAUGGGAGCCGGGGAGAAAAAGAAUGCCUGCAGCGUCCAGUACCGGCGACCUUUUGGCUGUGCGGUUCUCAGCAUCGCUGACCUGCUAACUGGAGAGACAAAGGAUGACCUCAUCCUGAAAGUAUACAUGUGUAAUACAGAGAGUGAGUGGUACCAAAUCCACGAGAAUAUCAUCAAAAAGCUGAAUGCGCGUUAUAAUUUGACUGGCUCCAAUGCAGGGUUAGCAGUUUCCUUACAACUGUUGCAUGGAGACAUUGAACAAAUUAGAAGAGAAUAUUCUUCGAUGUUUUCUCACGGAGUAUCCAUAACGAGGAAGUUGGGUUUUUCAAAUAUUAUUAUGCCUGGUGAAAUGAGGAAUGAUUUAUAUAUUACCAUAGAAAGGGGAGAAUUUGAGAAAGGAGGGAAGAGUGUGGCCAGAAAUGUGGAAGUCACAAUGUACGUCGUAGACAGCAGUAGCCAGACCUUAAAGGAUUUUAUUUCCUUUGGCUCUGGAGAGCCACCAGCCAGUGAAUACCACUCCUUUGUGCUUUAUCAUAACAACAGUCCCCGGUGGUCUGAACUGCUGAAACUUCCCAUUCCCGUGGAUAAGUUCCGGGGUGCACACAUCCGCUUUGAAUUUCGGCACUGUUCCACGAAGGAGAAAGGAGAGAAGAAGUUGUUUGGUUUCUCUUUUGUCCCUCUGAUGCAGGAAGAUGGUAGGACCCUUCCAGAUGGCACUCAUGAGCUCAUCGUGCAUAAGUGUGAAGAAAACACAAACCUUCAGGAUACUACCCGCUACCUCAAACUUCCCUUUUCCAAGGGCAUUUUCCUUGGGAAUAAUAAUCAAGCCAUGAAGGCCACAAAGGAGUCUUUUUGGAUAACAUCUUUUCUUUGUUCCACAAAACUCACACAAAAUGGUGAUAUGCUUGACCUUUUGAAGUGGAGAACCCACCCAGACAAGAUCACUGGCUGUCUCUCUAAAUUAAAAGAAAUUGAUGGCUCAGAGAUAGUAAAGUUUCUGCAGGAUACACUGGAUACUUUAUUUGGAAUUUUAGAUGAAAAUUCUCAAAAAUAUGGGUCUAAAGUGUUUGAUUCUUUGGUUCACAUAAUAAAUUUGCUGCAAGAUAGCAAAUUUCAUCAUUUUAAGCCUGUAAUGGACACUUAUAUCGAGAGUCAUUUUGCUGGGGCACUUGCAUACAGAGAUCUCAUCAAAGUGCUCAAAUGGUACGUGGACAGGAUCACAGAAGCAGAGCGGCAGGAGCAUAUCCAGGAGGUGCUGAAGGCACAAGAGUACAUUUUCAAGUAUAUCGUUCAAUCUCGAAGGCUGUUUUCUCUUGCCACUGGUGGACAAAAUGAAGAGGAAUUUCGCUGCUGCAUCCAGGAGCUUCUCAUGUCAGUCCGUUUCUUUCUUUCCCAAGAGAGCAAAGGGUCUGGAGCAUUAUCUCAGUCACAGGCAGUGUUUCUGAGUUCUUUCCCAGCCGUGUACUCAGAACUGCUGAAGCUCUUUGAUGUCCGGGAAGUGGCCAACUUGGUACAGGACACGCUGGGCAGCCUGCCGACCAUCCUGCAUGUGGAUGAUUCCCUGCAGGCCAUUAAACUGCAGUGCAUUGGCAAAACUGUGGAAAGCCAGCUAUAUACCAACCCAGAUUCUCGAUACAUUCUCCUGCCUGUCGUGUUACAUCACCUCCACAUUCACCUGCAAGAACAGAAGGACCUGAUCAUGUGUGCACGUAUCCUUAGCAACGUAUUUUGUCUCAUCAAGAAAAAUAGCUCAGAAAAAUCUGUGUUGGAGGAAAUAGAUGUGAUAGUAGCUAGCCUGCUGGACAUACUACUGAGAACCAUAUUGGAGAUCACCAGCCGACCUCAACCGUCCAGCUCAGCAAUGCGGCUCCAGUUCCAGGAUGUGACUGGAGAGUUCGUUGCUUGUCUCCUGUCCUUAUUACGACAAAUGACAGAUAGACAUUAUCAACAGCUUCUUGAUAGUUUCAAUACAAAGGAAGAACUAAGGGAUUUCCUGCUGCAGAUAUUUACUGUGUUCCGAAUAUUGAUACGCCCAGAGAUGUUUCCAAAGGACUGGACUGUUAUGCGCUUGGUUGCUAACAAUGUUAUUAUUACAACAGUUCUGUACCUCUCAGAUGCACUUCGUAAGAACUUCUUAAAUGAAAACUUUGAUUAUAAGAUCUGGGAUUCCUACUUUUACCUGGCAGUCAUUUUUAUAAACCAGUUGUGUCUUCAGUUAGAGAUGUUCACACCUUCCAAAAAGAAAAAGGUGUUAGAAAAGUAUGGUGACAUGCGGGUAACAAUGGGUUGUGAAAUUUUCAGCAUGUGGCAAAACCUAGGAGAACACAAGCUUCAUUUCAUUCCUGCCCUGAUUGGCCCUUUCUUAGAAGUGACCUUGAUACCCCAGCCAGAUCUUCGGAAUGUCAUGAUUCCGAUUUUUCAUGAUAUGAUGGACUGGGAGCAGAGACGGAGUGGCAACUUUAAACAGGUGGAAGCCAAGCUAAUUGACAAACUGGAUAGCCUGAUGUCAGAAGGCAAAGGUGACGAAACAUACCGCGAGCUCUUCAACAGUAUAAUUCCACUAUUUGGUCCCUAUCCUAGUCUACUAAAGAAAAUUGAGCGGGAAACAUGGAGGGAAAGUGGCGUUUCUUUAAUUGCUACUGUAACCCGCCUAAUGGAGAGGUUGUUAGAUUACAGGGACUGCAUGAAAAUGGGAGAGGUAGAUGGCAAAAAGAUUGGCUGCACGGUUAGCCUUCUGAACUUCUAUAAGACUGAACUUAACAAGGAAGAGAUGUAUAUACGCUACAUCCACAAACUCUAUGAUCUGCAUCUCAAAGCACAGAACUUCACAGAAGCUGCAUACACCCUCCUGCUAUAUGAUGAGCUGCUGGAAUGGUCUGACCGGCCCCUCAGGGAGUUCCUGACUUACCCCAUGCAAACCGAGUGGCAGCGCAAGGAACACCUGCACCUCACCAUCAUUCAGAACUUUGACAGAGGCAAAUGUUGGGAGAAUGGCAUUAUCUUGUGCCGGAAGAUUGCUGAGCAGUACGAGAGUUAUUAUGACUACAGGAACCUGAGCAAGAUGAGGAUGAUGGAAGCCUCUUUGUAUGACAAAAUUAUGGAUCAGCAGCGACUUGAACCAGAGUUCUUCAGAGUUGGAUUUUAUGGGAAAAAAUUUCCAUUUUUUUUAAGAAAUAAGGAGUUUGUGUGUCGAGGUCAUGACUAUGAGAGACUGGAAGCCUUCCAACAGAGAAUGCUGAAUGAGUUUCCCCACGCCAUUGCCAUGCAGCAUGCCAACCAGCCUGAUGAGACCAUCUUCCAGGCAGAAGCUCAAUAUUUGCAAAUAUAUGCCGUGACUCCCAUUCCGGAGAGCCAAGAGGUCCUGCAGAGGGAGGGUGUCCCGGACAACAUCAAAAGUUUUUAUAAAGUGAAUCAUAUCUGGAAAUUCCGCUAUGACAGACCAUUUCACAAAGGCACUAAGGAUAAAGAGAAUGAGUUCAAGAGUCUCUGGGUGGAGAGGACGUCAUUAUACUUGGUGCAGAGUUUGCCUGGCAUUUCCCGCUGGUUUGAAGUGGAAAAGCGUGAAGUGGUAGAAAUGAGCCCUCUGGAAAAUGCAAUUGAAGUGUUGGAAAAUAAGAAUCAGCAGCUGAAGACUCUGAUUAGUCAAUGUCAGACAAGACAGAUGCAGAAUAUUAAUCCCCUGACUAUGUGCCUGAAUGGAGUUAUAGAUGCUGCAGUUAAUGGGGGAGUUUCCAGGUACCAAGAGGCAUUCUUUGUAAAAGAAUAUAUCUUAAGUCACCCUGAGGAUGGGGAGAAGAUUGCACGAUUAAGAGAGCUGAUGCUUGAGCAGGCACAGAUUCUGGAAUUUGGUUUGGCCGUGCAUGAGAAGUUUGUACCUCAAGAUAUGAGACCCCUUCACAAAAAGCUAGUCGACCAGUUCUUUGUGAUGAAGUCAAGCUUAGGGAUACAGGAGUUCUCUGCUUGUAUACAAGCCAGUCCUGUCCAUUUUCCUAAUGGAAGCCCUCGUGUGUGUAGAAAUUCAGCACCUGCUUCUAUGAGCCCAGAUGGCACCAGGGUAAUUCCUAGACGCAGCCCAUUAAGUUACCCAGCUGUCAACCGAUAUUCUUCCUCCUCACUGUCCUCACAAGCUUCUGCUGAAGUAAGCAAUAUUACAGGGCAAUCAGAAAGCUCUGAUGAAGUCUUUAACAUGCAGCCGAGUCCAUCUACCUCAAGUUUGAGUUCUACUCACUCAGCUUCGCCUAAUGUGACAAGUUCUGCUCCAUCGAGUGCCAGAGCUUCUCCUUUGUUGUCUGACAAACACAAACAUUCCCGAGAAAACUCUUGCCUGUCCCCAAGAGAGAGACCAUGCAGUGCCAUCUACCCAACACCUGUGGAGCCUUCCCAGAGGAUGCUGUUUAAUCAUAUUGGAGACGGGGCCUUGCCACGCAGUGACCCGAAUCUUUCUGCGCCUGAGAAAGCUGUGAACCCCACCCCUAGCAGCUGGAGCCUGGACAGUGGGAAGGAAGCCAAGAACAUGUCGGAUAGUGGGAAACUUAUCUCUCCCCCUAUCCCUCCAAGACCCACACAGACUGCUUCACCAGCAAGACACACGACAUCAGUAUCCCCCUCACCCGCUGGGAGAUCUCCGUUGAAGGUAUGGGCCCUUCUUUAGACCAAGGCUAGAGACUGGCCUGGGUUCCUUUUUCCUAUAGGACUCAUCCUGGGUGCAUCAAAGGGUGCUUUCAUUUGCAAAGACAAGGCAAAGAACACAUAAAGAAGGGGUAGGGGAAGAUGGCUAAGAAAAUAACACUGGACUUUCCCUUUGGGGAACCUCCUCCAUGAAUACUUCUAUUUGUUUUCAGAUUAUUA